CUUAUCGCCGUUGCAAUAAAAACGCGGCGCGAGUGUAUACGUAUGUUCGUCGCUUACUCGGUGUCAGUCGCGCGGACGCGCACGAAGUGUUCUCGUGAGCAAGCCGUGCGAUAGGGAAUUAUAUAUCUCGAAGGACGAGAUUAUCUCGCUCAUUGUUGAAUGGAAUGUCGAAUCUGUAGGAAGUGGCGGUGCGUCAAAUGAUUGUGCGCGCGUGCGCGUAGGAUUGUUCAAACACGCGAUAAUUCGUUGAGGUGUUGCUAACUAUCGGUUAACUGUCAUUAUGUCGCUCAUGAUACCGUCCUUGACGGGAGUGUGUGCUCGGAGAAUAAGCAGACAGCUCUUAGCGCACAAGUCUCUGACCGUAAAGCAAGUGGUGCGAAAUUUAGAUGUACACGAGCACGUCGCGUACACCCUACUGAAGGAGGCCGGCGUUCCUACCCCACCUUUCGGGGUAGCGAAGACACCUGACGAGGUCGCUAAGCUGGCGAAAAAUCUCGGGACCAAGGACCUUGUGUUGAAGGCGCAAGUUCUGGCCGGCGGUAGAGGAAAGGGGCAUUUUAAGGGUAGCGAUGUCGGUGGCGUUGUAAUGUGCGACACGCCGGAGCAGGCAAGAGAAUUAGCGAAGAGUAUGAUUGGCAAGGUGUUGGUAACUAAACAAACGGGCCCGGACGGGAAGAUCUGCAAUUCCGUGAUGGUAACAACGCGCAUGUUUCCGCGUGAGGAAUAUUACAUGGCGGUAAUGUUGGAGCAAGCCUUCGACGGACCCGUGAUAAUCGUUUCUAAGCACGGGGGUGUGAACAUCGAGGAGAUCGCCGCUGAGAAUCCCGAUGCCAUCGGAUACAUCCCAGUCGACGUGAAGAAAGGUUUAACGUCCGAACAAGCGAAGGACGUGGCCGACAAGCUAGGACUCACGGGCAGUGCCAAAGAAAUCGCAUCGAUAGUUGCCUGCAAUCUUUACGAGUUGUUUAUGGAGAAGGACGCUCUGCUGCUCGAGAUUAAUCCGUUCGCCCAAGACGUUUGCGGCGAAUAUUACGCUCUGGAUUGCAAGUGCAAGUUCGAUGAUAGUGCCGAGUAUCGGCAGAAGGAAUUGUUCGCGUUGAAGGACCUAACGCAGAUGGAUCCGAAGGAGGUCGAGGCUGACAAGUACAACUUGAAUUACAUAGCUUUGGACGGGAACAUCGGUUGUAUGGUUAACGGAGCCGGCUUGGCCAUGGCCACCAUGGACAUCAUAAAGCUCUACGGUGGUGUGCCAGCAAAUUUCUUGGACGUCGGAGGCACCGCCACAGUCGAGACUGUGACGGAAGGUUUCAAGAUACUGUCUUCGGACCCGAAAGUAGAAGCUAUUUUUGUGAACAUAUUCGGUGGCAUAAUGAGAUGCGACAUAAUCGCGCAGGGUAUCAUUGACGCUUCCAAACAAUUGAAACUGAAUAUACCUGUAAUCGUGCGGUUACAGGGUACUAAUGUGAAUAAAGCUAAACAAAUGAUAUUAGAUGCUAAGCUAAAGGUAUUUUCCGUGGACGAGUUUGCGAAAGCAGCCGAGACAUCAGUUAAGUUGGCGUUGAUGAUGAAUCUUGCGAAAUCUUUGGAUUUGGAUAUCGCUUAUACUGCCAAAUCACCAGUCACAAACCGCGUUGCGCGAGGAAACGUCAAGCGAAGUGGGGGCGAGGUGCACGAGGACGAGGCACGGCAGGCACUUUGGCAGUCCACGGCCGUCGUUCAGGCAAAGAUGGCUUCCAUGUUUUCGCGGGCGUUCUUACUCGCAGAGGGUCUCGGCCGAUUCAACGGCUCCAAGAUACUGGGAUGCAAGACCAGCUUGGUGAAACAGCCGGCCAGGAAUUUGAACGUGCACGAGCACAUCAGCUACAGCCUGCUGAAUGAGGCUGACGUACCCACCCCGAAAUUCGGCGUCGCCAAGACUGCCGAUGAGGCGGCGAAACUCGCCGCUGACCUCAAGACGAAGGACAUCGUUCUGAAGGCUCAGGUUCUCGCCGGCGGCAGAGGCAAGGGCCACUUCAAGGGAACGAGCGUCAGCGGGGUGAAGAUGUGUGAAACUCCGGAGGAGGCGAAAGCGCUGGCGGGUCAAAUGCUGGGCAAGUUACUGAUUACUAAACAGACUGGCGAGGGUGGGAGGAUAUGCAACGCCGUGAUGGUCACGCAGCGCAUGUUUCCGCGCAAAGAAUACUACCUUGCAGUCAUGAUGGAAAGAGCCUUUGGUGGUCCAGUCAUAAUAGCUUCCAGCCAAGGUGGUGUAAAUAUCGAAGAAGUGGCCGCCACGAAUCCUACCGCUAUCAUGUACGAACCUAUCGACAUCGAUAAGGGAAUUACGAAGGAACAGGCUGAACGCAUAGUUAACAAGCUUGGCCUCGAUAACGUGAAAGAUUACAUCUCCAACAUAAUUAUGAAUCUUUAUAAAAUGUUCCUCAAGAAGGACGCUCUGCUUUUGGAAGUCAAUCCUCUCGCGGAGGACAUCAACGGAAAUUAUUUUGCUCUGGAUUGCAAGUGCCGGUUCGACGACAACGCCGAGUUUAGGCAGAAGGAACUGUUUAGUCUGAGAGAUUGGUCUCAGGAGGAUUCCAAGGAGGUCGAAGCUGCAAAGUUCGAUCUCAAUUACAUCGCGCUUGAUGGCAACAUAGGUUGCAUGGUGAACGGUGCUGGUUUAGCCAUGGCCACGAUGGACAUUAUAAAGUUGCACGGCGGUGAACCAGCGAAUUUCCUCGAUGUCGGUGGCGGUGCAUCGGCCUCCGCGGUGAAAGAAGCAUUUAAGAUCAUCACUUCUGAUUCACGAGUCCACGCCCUCUUAGUUAACAUUUUCGGUGGCAUCAUGCGAUGCGACGUAAUAGCGGAAGGCAUCAUCGCCGCGACUAAGGAGCUUAGCUUAAAAAUCCCCGUUGUUGUUAGAUUACAGGGUACGAACGUAGACGAGGCCAAGGCUCUGAUCGCCAAUGCGGGCUUGAAAAUCGUGCCGAUCGACGACCUGGACGAGGCUGCCAGGGUUGCGGUAAAGCUGUCGACUAUCGUCAAAUUGGCGCAAUCAGAAAAUCUCAGUGUGAAUUUCGAGAUACCGGCGAUCUCAUAGGUAGCGAAGAAAUUAUAAAUAUAAUUAAUAUCAUAACAUUAUUAAGCGAACAUUGUCUCUCGAGAAUAUGUACUCAAUGCCGCUAAAGAGAGAGUUUCCAAGAACUCGCGUCCGUGAAAGUAAUAACCGCAGUAAUAACUCCGUAUGUGUGUAAUAACGUGCUCUCGCCGAAGAGCGAUAUGUCUUUUGAAUUUUCGUGUCUUUGCGUAGCAAAUGAGUGGAAAACGGCGACACCGGGCAGGGUUGAAAAGAUGAACGCGUUGCGUUACGCGGUAAUACCGACACUUUUUCUCCUCGACAGAGACGCAAACGCGUCUUCCGACAAAAAGUUGCGCGCGGUUGCUCGCAGACGUAAUCCGUCGCACGUGUUACUGAAGCGCUCUGCGACUCGGUAUUAAGUUGUGUAACUUACUAAAACCACCAUACACAGGCGUGUGUUUUGUACAGAAAGAUCACGAAAGAUGUCGGCGUGACAAGUACAUGUGUAAUUCUUUCAUGGCGCGAGAGAACGAUGGAAUGAAAGUAAAAGGCCUGUAACAUAUAUGCAUGUAGCGAUAACAUACACGUACAUAAAUUAUUUUCCAUAAUUUUAGUCUGUUUUAAACUUAAGUUCCUCCUCGACGGACGAUCGAAUCUUGCGUGCGAACUUGAAUAGCUUGGCGGUGCUCGAGCUCGAGCAGCCUUAGCAGCGCUGCCAGAGAGAAUUUUACUAAUAUCACGCGAACGAUCGCCAAGCAAAUAUACUAUGCGUUCGAGUGUUAAUUACUGUUAUUCGUUAAAUUGUUUACACCAAAGUAAUUGACGAUAAUGCUGUGUUAGGUACGAAGUACGAGCGUUGUAAGAGAAUUUCUGUAAAUAUGGGGCUUGCCAUCAGUUAGCAAAAGUCCGCAAAAUGCGGUUUACAAUCCUCUCUCUCUCUCUAAAGAAAAUCUUCUGUACUCACUGAGAUUUAAUUAAGCAAUGCCAAGUCCUCGUGCGCGUCCAAUAUGAAUAAUAAAAUCAUGGAAUUAGCAUUGA